GGGCGCUGUUUACAUUAGCAACAAUCACAAACGAGGCCUGGGUGAAGAAGCAGCUGCUUCGUUCCCGUUCACUACAAAUCAAGUUUUAAAUUCAAUAACAUAUUUACGACUUCAUUAACGUGUUACCUGAAGUGUACAAUGGAUUUUAGAAGCCUACAUUUCUCCUUGGACCUCGUUGCAGGCAGUGGUUUGGUUCUGAGUCCAGAACAGAAAGCAACCUUGCAGACUUCGUUGGUGAUUCUGAAGAGGCAUUAUAAAUUUACCCGUGUAGUUUUCUGGGGGAAAAUAUUGGGGAUAAAAGCCGACUAUUACAUAGCACAGGGAAUAGGACAUGACGAGAUCAGCGACAAAAAGACACUGUACAGCUUGAACUGCAUGGAAUGGAACCUGCUCCCUCCUGCGACAAAAACCAUGAUAGAUGAGACAUCUGUAAUCAAAGGCUGUUUCCUGGGAGAUCCUUCACAUGACUAUGAACAUAUAGAGACGAGGAAGGAUGAGGACGGACAUGAGGCUCAGGAAGAGGAAAUUACUGUAAAAAUUAAAGAAGAACAGCGGCUUGCAGCUGCCAUAUCACUGAUAGACAAAGAGGCAGCAGUAGUUCCAAGAGGAGCGUAUAUCAAGACUCCACACGGUCUUGUCCACACCAACAGAAGUUUUGAAGGUCUGUCUGUAUCAGAUGCAGGGAAGCUAAGCUCAUAUUUCCACUUUGCUGAACCUGUUCACCUUAAGCAGAAAUCCCUUCUGGAAAAAGCUGACUUGGAUCCAUCAAUUGACUUCAUGGAUUCACUGGAGAAUGAUAUACCAAAAGGAUCCUGGAGUCUGCAGUUUGAGAAAUGCAGCAGUGUGCUUGUGCUCAGGAGUUUACUCUGGUGUGGUCUCACAUUUUAUCACAUCCCAAUGACCCCACAGCAUGGCUAUAUUUACAUGGGAACAGGGCUGAAGAACAUAGACCUCCCAUUCAUGUUGUAACAGCACAAUCUAGUAUGGUUAUUGAUAUCAACACUAUUUACCCAUUUAUUUAUAUACUAUCAAAUAAAAAAAAUGGCACAUUGACUUUGUAUGAAUAAAAAUAUUUAAUAAGUAUGUUC